AUGCAGGACGAUAUUGCCGAGUUACGACGUCAACUGGAGGAAGCGAGACACGCACGGGAAGAGGAGAGACACGCACGAGAAGAGGCAGAAAAGCGGCGGGAAGAGGAGAGACACGCACGGGAAGAGGCAGAACGGAGGCAGGAAGAGGCAGAACGAAGGCAAGAAGAGGCAGAACAGCGUUUGCAACCUACUGCUCUGUUUCACCUCCUUGACCGCUGCCACGAAUAUCUGUCACAGGAGAUCCGAGUUGAGACAGAUGCAGCCUUGACAACCCAAGGCAACGUGACUGACCCAGUUAAUCGACUUUACCCCAAAAAGAUUAUACCUUGGACUGAUUUUCCUGAUCUCCAAGAGCGAAUCUGGGAGAGACUCGAGCGUGCAGUUGACUUUACCUCGCGUCCACUCUUUCCCUCCGACACCCAGUUAGACUACGUCGCAACGAAUAUCCGGGACCGGCCGAUUUACUCAGAAGCAACUUUACGAAAUUUCGAGCGAGACACCGUGGAUAACUUUGUUGAAAAGAUUAUCGAGGCCUUACAAGAUGAUGAAACUUUGCGACGGGAGUUUGGUAUAGAGGGUCGAGUCGCAUUCUACGACCGCGCGAACUCAGCCUCGCUGAAUGACAGCCUGGAGCAGAUGCAUCUUAAUGAUGAACAUGACGCGCCUGAUCAACCACCAAACACCAACCGCGGGAGAGGUAGAAGAAAAGGAAGGGGGGAACAGGUGGCCCAAAAUCAGAAGAUAGCACGUUCAGGAUGGCGACGCAAUCGCCGGGCCGAUCAAUUCUGUGUUCACCUCGUGGCUGACGAGCGCCAGAUACCAGUUUAUGCAGUGGAGUUCAAAGCGCCUCAUAAAUUAACCGUCGCUGAACUAGUUGCGGGCUUCCAUGAGAUGGACCUGGAGCGCGAUGUUAUCAAUCAGGAAGGUGAUACAUUCGAGUUUUAUGCUACUACUCUUGCUGCUGCUGUGUCUGCUCAGAUAUUUUCAUACAUGCAUGGCCUGGGGAGACCACUCGGAUGUAUUCGGACGGGGGAGGCGAUUGUCUUUCUACGUAUUCCGACGGAUCCUACCGUACUUCAGUACCACUUGUGCAUCCCAUACCAAGACGUGCAGGCAGGCGAGGAGAGCCGUCUUCACCGGACCGCUGUGGGUCAGAUGCUUGCAUUCACCCUCCAAGCACUGGCUGCCGAAGCUCCAUCUCAAGAGUGGCAUGAUGCAGCAUAUAGAAACCUGUCAACUUGGGAAGUCGAAUACUUGAAUGUCUUGCGUGAUAUCCCCGAAACGAUACGCAAGGAACCGCCGUCCUCGAAUUACCGGCCUUCACACUGGAAACCGAUUCUAAAGACACACAAUACACGUUCCCGCGCUCGCUGUAAUCCAGGUAUAUCUACCCCGCAGGGCUCUCCAAGUGAGGAUAGCGACAGUGACAAUGGGGUACCUUCGCCGUCUACCGCACCAGCCGCCCGCAGAUCGAACCGCAGAAAAGGGAGUGAACGUCUAUUAGCAAGCGGACAAGAGCAGUCACCGCGUGACCGGAGGAAAAAGGAGGCCCCUUCUCAAAAGGGCGUGCAGAGAUCAUACUGCACUAUGGCUUGCCUCCGCGGUAUGGCCAACCGAGGUCGCCUCGAUACCAAGUGCCCCAAUCGGCAACUCCACGGUGGUCAGUGGCAUCCGAUGGACGCGCGUGGGCUCACGCGCAACCUGCAUCGUCAACUUGUCCAGAACCGGAACGAGGGUUUUGAACCACUACACAUCCGUGGUCGGACUGGGUAUCUGUUAAAAGCAACUCUAUUGUCUCACGGGUAUACCGUGAUUAUCAAAGCCACAACGGAGGAGAAGGAACAUGCCCUUAUAGCAGAAGCAGACAACUAUCACCGCCUCCGUACCUUGCAAGGGCAUCACAUCCCGGUCUGUCUAGGCAGCUUCGUGCCGAACAUCGAAUAUUGGUACCAUGGUGAAAUAAUGACGCAUAUGAUGAUCCUGAGUUGGUCUGGAACUCGUCUUCAGCGAAUAAACAACGAAAAUUCAGCCUUCUUCCACGAAGAGCGCAAUCGUUGCCUGUCCAUCCUCCAGUCACACGGAGUCGACCACAAAGACAAAGAGUGGCGUAAUAUGCUAUGGGACGAAUCCACCCAGCGGUUGGUUAUCAUUGAUUUGGAGGACGUGGAGUGGCUCAAGCAGCCUAAGCGGCCUCGGGCUCUCCAACCAACAACGGGCAAUUUAUGUCAUCAUGCCGCGAGGGCGCCGAGAAGUAAACGAAGGCGCCUUCGCAGUCUGCCUGCUGCCUGCAACUCGUGA